GUGGAAUCUUGUUUCGUCUCCUUUCUUCUUCGUUGACACAAUUAGGGUUCACUUCAAUUCUCUUCUUUGGAUCGUAUUACUUGGGGAAAUUUAAAGAUCUGGCUCUGGGCUCUUCUGGGUUAGCUAGGAUCCAAAUUCUCAGGUGAAAGACCUGAACUUUUGCUCCAUCUUAAUCGCUUUUUUUUUCUUCUCUGGCUGGUCUGGUAAUAUAUACAGAGAAUUGAUAGUGUAAGAAUUGUAAUUCUGCUUUAGUGUUUUGAUCGAGUUUCUGAGCUUAGUAUCGUGGGUUUUUGGGUUCAGGGGAGGAUAAAGUAGCUUAAGAACUGAGGAUCUACUUACUUAAGCUAGGCACUUUCAGCUGAAUUUUGAUUCGUUUCUGGACUCAUUAGUUGGGUAAUGAUUAGUUUUAGUUUCUCUUUGGUGAAUAUUUUGUUUGAUUAGGUAAUUACUAGACAGUAGUUUCUCAUUGGGUUUUGGUUGAUUUAGGAUAAUUCUUGGGUCAUAUUUGGUGUUGGGUCUGUUGGUUGGUUUUUUAGAUUGGUAGUGAGGUUUUUACUAUAGGUAUUGGAUUUUUGUGGAGAUGGAUAGGCCUAGACAAAAUGAUCAUUUGGGUGUGAAUAGGAUUGGGAAAAAUAUCAGAAAGAGUCCUCUUCAUCAAUCGACUUUCGCUGCCAGUACUAGCAACGGUGCCGCUCCAAGGCUUCAAACACAGCCUCAGGUUUAUAACAUAAGCAAGAACGACUUUAGAAGUAUUGUUCAGCAGCUAACGGGUUCUCCAUCACGUGAAAGCCUUCCUCGGCCUCCUCAGAACAACUCGCUAAGGCCUCAGAAUACACGGUUGCAGCGGAUCAGACCAUCCCCCUUAACGCAGUUAAACCGGCCUGCGGUUCCUCUCCCUUCCAUGGCUCCGCCACAGUCUCAUCCUCAGUUUGCUAGACAGCCUCCACACCAGCCACCUUUCCCACAAACCACACAACAACCAAUGAUGGGUCACAGGGACCAGUUUUGGUCUAAUACAGCUGAGUCUCCCGUCUCAGAGUAUAUGCGUUAUCUUCAAAGUUCACUUGGAGAUUCAGGACCCAAUGCUAACCAAAUGCAGCCAGGUCAUGAGCAGCGGCCUUAUAUCCCAGGUCAUGAGCAACGGCCAUAUGUGCCAGGUAAUGAGCAGCAGCCAUAUAUGCCAGGUAAUGAGCAGCGGCCAUAUAUCCCAGGUCAUGAGCAGCGGUCAUAUAUGCCAGCUCAAUCUCAGUCUCAGUCUCAACCUCAACCUCAACCUCAACCUCAGCAACAUAUGAUGCCUGGACCGCAACCUCGAAUGAACAUGCAGGGCCCUCUUCAACCUAACCAGUAUCUACCACCACCCGGGUUAGUUCCUAGCCCAGUGCCUCAUAAUCUUCCUUCUCCUCGGUUCAAUGCUCCUGUACCUGUGACGCCUACUCAGCCCUCUCCCAUGUUCAGUCAGAUGUAUGGUGGAUUUCCUUCUCCUCGAUAUAACGGUUUUGGACCACUGCAGUCACCUACAUCCCAAUUUCUUCAACCAUCUCCUACCGGUUACCCGAAUAUGUUCUCUCCGAGAUCGCCUUACCCAUUGCUGUCACCAGGAGUUCAGUAUCCUCAACCACUUACCCCAAACUUCUCAUUUUCACAAAUUGCUCAACAAGGAAGUCUUGGACCCGGUGCAGGUCCAAGUCAAGGUCCUCCUCAGCCUCCUCCUUCUCCAGGGCUCAUGUUCCCGUUAUCUCCAUCCGGGUUCUUCCCCAUGCCAAGUCCAAGAUGGAAUGAUUACUAGGUGCUCUUUUUCUCUCCAUCAGAUUCAUUAAAUUAAGUAAAUCGGAUUAUGUUUAUUCAGGUUUCCUUAGGUUAGUCUGUACCUUUGAAAGAAGCUUAAAACUUCAGAGCCUACAGUGGAAUAGACGCAGCAGAAUAGAUGCGUAAAACACUAAAGGAGCUUUUAGAAGAAAGAAAGAUUUAUAGGGGUUUUUUCUCUGUGGGAUUUUAAUAGGUCAAAAGUUGGGAAUCUUGGGAUGAUGAUGAUUACCUUUGUUUUUGUUUAUCACAAACUUAGUUUUAUCUUUGCUUACAUUGUACACAUACUACAGACGAACUCAGUUCAAUUUAUAUGAUUUUUUGGGUGUUUUUAAAGCAAAUGUCUCUCUACUUUUACUAAGAACAAAA